AUGCAGCUCUCGUUUAUUGGCCGGACCAUCUCCGAAUGCACAUCGUGUCCCAGCGAGCCUAAUGUCGCCGGAUGCUGCCGGUUCCCGGCCAACGCGGAGGAGCGUCAACAUCUCUCGGAAUGCAUUGAUGCUGGUUGCGCCGAGCCGGUUUGCGAUGAGUGCACUCAUCACGAAGAGUGGUGCGACGAUUGCCUCGGGGACUGCGGGUCAGAUUGUGGAACUUCAUUUGGCUGCGACGAGCUUGACAUCAGGGUUGAUGAUACCUACAUCUUUGAUGGCUCUCACUCUGAACUCUUCGGUGAUCAAACAGCGCAAACUUUCGGCUUUGGCUGCCGUCUUCCCCGGCUGGCAAUGGACAACACGAUUACCGAAUCGGCUAAUUUUGGCAAAACCCUUGACGAUACCAGGUCAUCUACACUUCCUGCAUAUAAUAUGAAUCAGAGCUAUCCGGGCUCUAAAAUGCAGUCGUAUCCUUCUUUCCAGACUCCUUGUGCGCCUCACACACCACUCAAUGCGCCGGAAGCCACAACACCCAGCGGAGCAAGCUAUGAGUCCGACUUUCUGGGACCACGCAACCAUGAGCUCGCACCCGCCAAUGUCUCACCCCUCGCACGUAACAGUGAUCCUCUCACAUACACGUCAGACUCUACUCAUGAUAGCCCAGACCCGAUGGACUUUUCACCAAGUGCUCAUUACGAUCACGUCAACCUGCUCACCGAGGAGUGUGAUCCCACGAGACCGUCCCAUCCUUCGUUACGCUGCCAAUGGGCUGACCCGAACGGAAAGCCAUGCGGGAAGAACUUGCGACUGGGUAACGACAUGCAUGAACACUUGAAAUCCGCUCAUGGAGUCAAGAGUGGAGUCUUCUGCCGCUGGGUCGGCUGUACCGUCGGUGUCUUCGGGGCAUCUUUGCACAAGUUUGCCAGCAGUGUCGAACGCCAUACAUGGGGUCACAGUGGUUAUCGUCCUUACAAGUGCUCGGCAUGCAAUGAAGGUUUCGCUGCGGCCAGUGUCCGCGAUGAGCAUUACACGAAUAUCCAUUUACGCAAAAAGGUCUUCUCUUGUGACUUGUGUCCUCACCAAUGCACAAGCGCUACCAACCUGAAGAGGCACAAGGACGACAAGCACAGCGCAGAUAGAUUCCAGUGCGAAUUCUGUAAUCGAAACGACAAGCGAAGACUCUUUCCUCGCGGACCGAAUCUAGCACGCCAUUUCCGAAACUGCAAGUACGUGCAGGCGCAGUUCCCAGAGGCUGCUGCCGCAGGAAAAGCGAAAGCUGAUUGGCUGCCACCCGGUUACAAGAGGGGGCAUCAUGGCAUGGACAGGGCCAAAGUCACACCUCCAAACUACUUGCUGGCGCAGAUGGAUACAUGA